CGGAGGAGAGAAGCCUGUAAACGGAGCUGAGGACCUUGAGUCUCCAGAUAAUGCAACCCACCGACAUUUCCGGACAGAUUACCGACAGGGACAUUCAUCACUGUCUCAGUGCCUUUGCUCCCUAACGUAGAGCUGGGCCCGGUUCCUGGAAAGGUGCUUGUGGAAUAAAGAUGGAGGCCGGAGGGGAGUGCUUUCCUAAACAAAGGCAAGUCCUGAUUCUCUUUCUUUUGGUGGAAGUGGCUCUGGCUGGCUGGGAAUCCCGUCGCUAUUACGUGGUGGAGGAAACCGAGAGCGGCACGUUUGUGACCAAUCUGGCCAAGGACUUGGGGCUAGGAGAGGGAGAGCUAGCUGCGCGGGGAGCCCGGGUGGUUACUAAGGAUAACGAACCCCAAUUGCAGCUUGAUCUGCAGACUGGGAACUUGAUAUUAAAUGAGAAACUGGACCGGGAGGAGAUGUGUGGCCCCACCGAUCCAUGUGUAAUGCAUUUCCAAGUGUUACUGAAAAAACCUUUGGGAGUAUUUAGAGCUGAGCUACUGGUGAGAGACAUAAAUGAUCAUUCUCCUGAGUUUCCUGAAAGAGAAAUGACGCUGAAAAUCCCAGAGGCUAGCCCUCCUGGGGCCGUGUUUCCUCUGAAAAAAGCCCAGGACUUCGACGUGGGCAAGAACAACAUCCAAAACUACAGCAUCAGCCCCAACUCCCAUUUUCAUGUUUCCAUCCGCAACCGUGGAGAUGGCAGGAAAUACCCAGAGCUGGUGCUGGACAAAGAGCUGGAUCGUGAGGAGCAGGCUGAGCUCAGACUAACUCUCACAGCGCAGGACGGCGGUUCUCCACCGCGGUCCGGCACCGCCCAGGUCCACAUCUUGGUCUUGGACGUCAAUGACAAUGCCCCGGAGUUUGCUCAGAUGCUCUACCAAGUGCAGGUUCCAGAGAACAGCCCUGUAGGGUCCCUAGUUGUCAAGGUUUCUGCUAGAGAUUUAGACACUGGGACAAAUGGAGAGAUAUCAUACUCCCUUUCAUAUAGUUCUCAGGAGAUAAGCAAAACUUUUGAAGUAAACAGCCUUUCUGGAGAAGUUCGACUAAUCAAAACACUAGAUUUUGAGACAAUAUCCUCAUAUGAGCUGGAUAUAGAUGCUUCUGAUGGCGGGGGACUUUCUGGAAAAUGUUCAGUCUCCAUUGAGGUGGUGGAUGUUAAUGAUAAUUACCCAGACCUAACUAUUUCAUCACUUACCAGCCCCAUUCCUGAAAAUUCCCCAGAGACAGAAGUGGCCCUGUUUCAUAUUGGAGACCUGGACUCCGGGAACAACGGAAGGAUGACUUGCUCCAUCCCAGAUGAUCUCCCCUUCCUCCUCAAACCAACCGAAGAGAAUUUCUACACACUAGUUACAAAUGGGGCUCUGGACAGAGAGACCAAAGCUGAGUAUAAUGUCACUAUUACAGUUAUGGACAUGGGCACACCCAGGCUGAAAACAGAGCAUGACAUAACGAUACUGGUCUCUGAUGUUAACGACAACGCCCCAGCCUUCACCCAAACCUCCUACACUCUCUUCAUCCCCGAGAACAACAGCCCCGCCAUGCACAUAGGCAGUGUCAGAGCCACAGACAGAGACGCGGGCGCCAACGCCCAGGUCACCUACUCGCUGCUGCAGCCCCAGGACCCCAGCCUGCCCCUGGACUCGCUGGUGUCCAUCAACGCCGACAACGGCCACCUCUUCGCCCUGAGGGCGCUGGAUUUCGAGGCCCUGCAGGCUUUCGAGUUCUUGGUGGGUGCCACAGACCGCGGGUCCCCGGCACUGAGCAGUCAGGCGCUGGUGCGCGUGCAGGUGCUGGACGCCAACGACAAUGCGCCCUUCGUGCUGUACCCGCUGCAGAACGGCUCUGCGCCCUGCACCGAGCUGGUGCCCAGGGCGGCUGAGCCUGGCUACCUGGUGAGCAAGGUGGUGGCGGUGGACAGCGACUCGGGCCAGAACGCCUGGCUGUCUUACCAGCUGCUCAAGGCCACAGAGCCCGGGCUGUUCAGCGUGUGGGCGCACAACGGGGAGGUGCGCACCGCGAGGCUGCUGAGCGAGCGCGACGCGGCCAAGCACAGGCUGCUGCUGCUGGUUAAGGACAAUGGCGAGCCGCCUCUAUCGGCCAGUGUCACGCUACACGUGCUGCUGGUGGAUGGCUUCUCACAGCCCUACCUGCCGCUGCCCGAGGUGGCAGCCGAGGUGGCCCAGACCGACCUGCUCACGGUCUACCUGGUCGUGGCGUUGGCGUCGGUGUCGUCGCUCUUCCUGUUCUCGGUGCUGGCGUUCAUCGCGGUGCGGCUGUGCAAGAGGAGCAGGGCCGGCUUGGUGGGCGGCUGCUCGGUGCCUGAGGCCCACUUUCCGGGCCACCUGGUGGACGUCACCGGUACUGGGACCCUGUCCCAGAGCUACCAGUAUGAGGUGUGUCUGACGGGAGACUCUGAGAGUAAUGAGUUCAAAUUCUUAAAGCCUAUCUUCCCCAAUAUUCUAGGCCAGGACAUUGGGAGGAAGUCAGAGGGAAAUCCAACAUUCCAUAACAGUUUAGGAAUCUGAGACUUCCCCACUUGCAACAUUAGUGUUGUCUCCUUUUCCUUUUCUUUCAAAUCCAUUAGUAGCCUUCAAUUUUACUUGUUUUUUUCUUUUCUUCAUUAUUUUCCUUAGAAAGUUGUUCUUUGUUUUAUUGUCUUAUAUUUUCCAGUUAUUGUAUUAUUAGUAAAAGUAUCAAAAAUGUCAUAUUUCUGACUAAAUUUUUAGCACUAAUGGGUAAUAAUGAAAGUUAACCUUUCAAAAAACCAUAAUUCUAAUUUUAAAAUUAUUCACCUAUUACUAUAUGACACUACAUAUAAAUAUCUGAGUCCCUUCUAUCAUACUUCAUUUUUAAAUUAUCAGAGUUUUUUGUGGGUUUUUUAGUUUUUAUUAUUUACACCACUAUGAUUUGUUUUACAAUCCAUUUUCUGUUCAGGGCAGAAUUAGUUUGUAUUCACCCAUGUUCAGUUUCUUUUGAGCUCUGCUUGCAUUUUUGUUUUAUCAAUAGGCAGUCAUUAUAAUUUUAUGCUGUUUAUAAAAAUUACACUUGUAAUUAUUAGAGUUUCACUGUAAAAUACAUACUAUCGCAUGAAAAUAUAUCUUUGUUAUCUAUUUUAUUUUAUUCAACUUAUUGGGGUGACAUUGGUUAAUAAAAUUAUGUAGGUAUCAGGUAUACAUUUCUACAAUACAACAUUUAUAUAUUAUAUUGUGUGUUUACCAUCCUGAGUCAAGGCUCCUUCCUUCCUUUUCUAAUGUUGAAAAACUCCUGAGUUCUUCCUCAUGUUUAACUGAAGCUAUAAUCCUGAUAAGAGUUCUGUGCAGUUUAUUGGUACCCAGAUUGACUGUGUUUAACUUGUUUCUAUAAACUCUAAAGGUCAAUAGACUCUAGGGUCAGGUAAUGCAUUGCCUGAAAUUGUGUCUUGCUAUUGGAGAGAAAUUAUGGGCCUAGAGGAGCUUUGGAUGGUACAGCAGGCCAGUAUCUAUUUACUUGCCCUGGGCCAUGAUAUUAUUCUGGUUGAUAUGGAAUCUGAAAAAAUGCAUUAAUAUUAAUUAAAGAAAAUGUAUUAAAGAUAUGUUAAUGGGAGUGAUGAAUGAUCUGAAGAAAUAAUCAGCUCCAUUGUCAAGACUCCUCUACCUCCAGGAGCCUCUUACCUUUGUAGAUACUUUAUAGAAUGGUGUGGUGGGCAGAUUAAUGGCCCCCUUAAGAUGUUCUCAUCUUAUUCCCCAGAACCUGUGAAUAUUUUAUGUUAUAUUGCAAAAGGGGUGUCAGGUUCAGAUGGAAUUAAGGUUGCUAAUCACCUAACCUUAAAAUAGGGAAAAUAUCCUAAAUGAUCUGGGUGGGCCUGAUUCAGCCAGUUGAAAGGAUUUAAAAGCAUAGCUGAGUCUUCCCCUGAGAUUAAAAAAAGAGAAGAAGAAAGGAAAUUAUGACCAUGGACAGCAGCUGCAGCUUGUGCCCAGAGUUGCAGCCUGCCCUUUUUAAUUGCCUGCUUUUUCUAUUUUGGACUUACCUAGUCAGCUCUCACAAUUGAGUAAAUCACUUUUGUGCAACAAAUCUCUUAAUAUGUAUCUCCUGCUGGUCCUGUUUCUCUGGUUGAACCCUGACUGAUAUGGAGUCGGCACCUGGAAGUGGAGCGCUGCUGUAAUGAAUAACUGAAAAUGUAGAAGUUGCUUUGGAAUUAGGCAGUGAGCAGAGGCUGGAAAAUUUUUAAAGAGCAUGAUCAAAAAAAGCUUGGAUUUGUUUGGACAGACUAUUAGUUUAAAUAUGGAUGUGAACAACUCUGAUAGCAAAGAUUCUGAAGAAAGUAAGGAGUAUGGUGGGGAAAACUUAUACUGCUUUACAGAAAUGAGGAAAAUGAUAUUGGAAGCUGGAGGAAAGGAAAUUCUUGUUAUGUAGUGGCAGAAAACUUAUGAAUUGUGUCCUUCAGUGGAAAUGUGCAAAGAAGGACUUGUGAACAAUGAACUAGGAUAUUUUGAGAGAAGGUUUCCAGGCUAGGGCUGAAGUUGCAGCCUGGUUUCUUCUUGCUGCUUUUAGCAAAAAGUGAGAGGAUGAGAUAGUGUGAGGGAAGGAUUUGUAAGCAAAAAGGAACCAGAAUUUAAUGAUUUGGGGAAUUUAUGGCCUAUUUAAAUUGUGAAACAUGCUAAAACGAGGAGAUUCAUGAUCAGGAAAGCAUGUUCUGGUCAGAAAACCAGGGGUGUUAUGUGGUAAAGGGGAAUUAAGGUUGAUACCAGCUGGCCUUUAAAUAAGGAGAUUGCUCUAGAUUACCCAGGUGGUUCCAGCAUAAUCACAAGAACCCUUAAGAAGAAGUGGAAGUAGGAAGCAGAAGAGUUGGUAUCAGAGUGAAAUCACGUGAAAAGGACUGAACCAGCCACUACUGACUUUGAAGAUGGAAGGGAGCUACAAGUGAAGGAAUUCAGGUAGCAUCUAGAAGCUAGCAAGGGCAAGAAAAUUUUAUUUUUACUUAGAGCCUCAAGAAAGGAGUGCAGCCUUACCUUAACUUGAGCAUAGUUAAACUGGUAAGUCCUGCAGACUGGGAAUAGAAGAGUACUUGCAUGACUAUGAUUGCAAGCAAAUUGUUUAUGUUUUUCUUCCAGGUGGCAUGCAGCAGUGUGAAAAAUAUUGUAUAUUAAGAAAAUUCAAUUUACUACUACACUAUUGAGAAUUUUUGCAUUUAUGUUUAUGAGACAUAUAUGUAUAUAUAUGUAAUUUUUCUUGUUAUUCCCUUGAUAGAUUUUAGUUUCAGAGUUGUACUGGUCUCAAAAUGAGUUGGCAAUUGUGUCCUCCUUUUCUCCUUGAGGAAAGACUUUAUAUAAAAUAUCCAGAACUGUAAGAUAAUAAAUAUAUGUUUUUAAGCCACUAAGUUCAUGGUAAUUUAUUACAGCUGCAAUAGGAAAUGAAUGCAUGUGUCUACAAAAAAAAAUCCAUUUCCAACCCCACUUGUCUUUUCCUAGGCCAAAAUAUUCAUGUUCCCAUAAUUCCCUGCAAGACAGUACAUCAUUUAACUCCAUUAUUGCUAACAAUUUAAAAAUAUCAUUGAAGGAUUGGGCUUAAAGGAAAUAUAUUUGAAAGGUCUAGUCUGGGGUGGCAUGUGCCUAAGGUCUUUUCCCAUUUCCUUUUUUCUUAACUGGCAUGGGUAUUGAGGAGGAAGCCUUGAGCUGAAGUAGUCGACCUGCAGCCAUAAGAUGAGUACUAUAAAACAAAGGUCUGUAUGCUGAGUACGAUAAGAUGGAAAGUCGCUUAGUUUCUUACAGCAUUGUUAAGCUGCUGCAACAACUGCAUACUACUUUCUCCCAGACUGCAUAAUAUAAACAAACCCCUAUGUGACUAACAACUCUAAUUGGGGUUUCUGUUGAUCACAGACAAGUGCAUUCCAAACCGACACAUCUCUCUUCCUCACGUGUAAGCUUCACUUGCAAGCUUCACUUGCAUAGUUGUCUGACUAGGUCUCAGGUUGCCUAUUAAAGAUGUUUGAGAUGUUUGUCAGAAAAGUAGUUUUGCUUUCCCUUAGGUAUUAACUAAGCACAGUAUUCUGAGCUACUGUGGCUGAGUGUUUAUCUUCAUGCAGUUUGGCUAAUACAAACAUCUACAGGUAAUUGAACUUUCAAAGAAAUAUUCCUGGAUGGUAGCAACCCAAAACACUCAGUUUUUGAGAAUAGAACAAGAUGAGCUGAUAAAUGCCAGUCAAACAUUUAGAACUGUGUUAGUGGUAUCCU